AUGACCAAAGAACAGAAGAAUCUUAAGCGUCGCGAACGAUUGCGAUCCAAGCCCCUAAGCUAUGUCUGCGAACAGUGUGGACACGCUUUUCGUAUGUCUUGCCAUCUACAGAUUCACAAGCUUCGUCACAGUCGCGUCAAGAACUUUGAGUGCCCGGAAUGCUUGAAGAAAUUCUACACCUCGCACUUGCGGGACAGUCACCUACGCGUUCGUCACCACGGGGAGCGCCCGUACCCAUGUAAAUACUGCAGCGAAACGUUUUCCUACUGCAAUGGAGAUUCAUGGAGCGCCUCCUCGCAUUGUCAUGAGUCGCAACAGCAGCAUCAGCAGCAAAAAUCAAAAGGCUCAAGCGGACAAUUUUGGCACAUGAACUCGCACACUGGGGUCAGGAACCUCAAGUGCAAGUCGUGCGACAUGAUGUUCCCCGAUCCCGUUUCGGUGAGGCGGCACGAACGGUACCAUGAGCAGCGGCCUUUGCAAUGCGAUGUCUGUCUGAAGGGCUUUUUCGUACUCAGCAAGCUCAAUGCGCACAAACUCAUACACACUGGUGAUCGUCCAUUUAGGUAA